CACGCGAUUGGUCUUGGCGGUUGACAUAUGAAGCUUAUUCACCCGAAUAAAAAACCAUAUUUAUAAAUCAACUUUUUUACAGUCUCUUCGUCUUCACGCCUGUGCCCGAAUACACUCAUUGAUCAUUGACAAACUUUCGCGAUCGGUCACUUUAAUCCAUAUUAAGUCAGUCAGACAGCCAUCCAAAAUCAUCAACAUGAAGGCUUCUCAGAUUCUCUCCAUGCUCGGCUUUGCCGCCUUUGCUCUUGCACAGAGCGAGAGCUUGGCUCCUUCACCUACGGAGAGCGUCGGAUGCGAGCCUCACGGCGACCACUGGCACUGCGAGGGCGCGCGUGCCACCACUGCCGCAGCAGCCAGCGGAACCACCCUCCUCACCAGCGUUGCUGCCGCGACCACCACCGCCACCGAGGACCACGAUCACGAUCACGAUGAUGACCACUCUUCCGGCACCGGCAGCCUUGCUCCCUCUCCAACUGAGUCCGUCGGCUGCGAGCCCCAUGGCGACCACUGGCACUGCGAUGCUGCUGCCACGGCCGUCUCCGGCACGGCCUCUGCCUCGGGCUCUGGAUCCGCUGCCGUCACCACCACUGCUGCGGCUACUACUGGCGCCGCUGGCACUACUGCGGCCGGCAGCGCUUCUCCCAGCUCUACUGCUGUUCCUGCCGGAGCUGCUCGCGCUGGAUUUGGUGCUGCUGCCAUCAUUGUCGCGGUCAUGGCUUUGUAAGGGGUUUGUCGAUGAGAAAAUGGAUUUUGUGCCUUUUAGGCAUUUACGGAUACACGAAUUGGGACUCAUGAACAUACACUGGAUGGGCUGUCGAUUCGAUAGCUGUGGUAGGACAGCUGUGUUAAGACAGCGGGCAGGCCAAAUCGGGGAAAACUUCGAGAAGCUGAGCCGCUUAAGGGCAUUUCUCUUCCCUUCCACUCCAAAUGGAGAUGGGCUUUAAUUGUAGCAUAGAAACAAAACACGCAUUCACAUAACA